AUGGCACGCCUUCGUAUUCCAGUCGUAUCCUCUUCAUCCCGUCGGACAAUAUGCGUCGCUCGCGCCUAUUCACGAACAACGCAGGCGAAUGCUCUCCAGCCCGAAGCUAUUCGACCUAUACUGAACAGUCAUAUAACUGAGAGUGAUUCGAGACAGAAAAGAUGGGUCACACAGCAGUACCUCAGGCGGGUGGAAGAAGCAAAAAUGGAAUGGGCUAAAUUUGCGAAGGACAUCAAAGCUGGCAAGAGGAAGAACUUUGCACAGCACUUGGAAGAGAGAGGGCUGAUACAUGACGUUGUGGGGGAGCGAGACCUACUGCAUCGGGUUUUUACUGAAAAGAGGACAGGUAUAUAUGUCGGCGUGGAUCCGACGGCACCUUCUAUGCAUGUGGGCCAUAUGCUGCCAUUUAUGGUUUUGGCAUGGGGAUACGUCUGGGGUUUACCGGUCACGUUCUUGCUGGGAGGGGCUACAUCUCGAGUCGGUGAUCCGACAGGAAGAUUAAAAGGAAGAGAACAGGUGCAUUCUUCAGUCCGGAAAGCGAACAUGGCAAGUAUGCAUAUGCAACUGAAGAAACUGGGCGCGAGCAUCGAAGCAUAUGGAAGGAGACACGGCUAUGAGAAACAAAAGACCUGGAGGCGGUCUUUGACAAACAACAACACUUGGUGGAAUAGUAUGCCCUUUGUCGAAGUGCUCCGAGAUCUGGGGGUGCACAUGCGUCUUGGUCCCAUGCUGGGUAGAGAAACUGUCAAGAAUCGGUUGACAAAAGGUGACGGCAUGUCUUUCUCUGAGUUCUCCUAUCCUCUGAUGCAAGCAUGGGACUGGUGGACUCUCUUUAAGAAAGGUGUGCAGGUCCAAGUCGGAGGUACAGAUCAGUAUGGCAAUAUUCUCUUUGGCAUGGAUGCCGUAAAAGCAAUCAGCAGAAACACGGUCAUGGAGCAAGACCAGAACCCUCUGGAAAACGAUAUAGAUAAGCCCAUUGGGUUUACAACGCCAUUGUUGACGGCGCCCAACGGUGAAAAAUUUGGGAAGUCGGCUGGCAACGCCAUUUGGCUCGAUAAAGAUAUGACCUCCACGUUUGAGCUAUACCAGUUCUUCGUUCGUACGCCCGACGACACUAUUGAGCGUUAUCUCAAGAUGUUCACUUUCUUGCCCUUACCUGAAAUCGCCAAGAUCAUGGAGGAACAGAAUCAAGACCCAUCGAAACGGGUUGCACAGCACGCCCUGGCAUCCGAGUUUGUUGAGCUUAUUCAUGGCAAAGCUGAGGCGGACGCCGUGGCUAUACAGCACCGUCAGCUGUUCCGGUCACGGUCAUCGACAGCGGAACCAAGCCCCCUGCUCAAGACCUCUGGUAUUCCUGCCAAUUAUGCGAAGUCUCCUGCCUCAGCUUUCGCGAACCCGCAAUCUGGCAAUAAGUAUGCAGCGCAGACAAACUUCGCCAACAUGCCUAGCAUUCAAGUCACGCUGCCUAAGUCUCUUGUCUACAACCAACAGUUCCAUAAGAUUCUCUGGUCGGCAGGAAUGGUGUCGUCCAAGAGCGAGGGACACCGGGUCGCUUCUAACAAGGGAGCUUAUGUCGGAAGUCGGCCGGGAGAUAGUGGCCAUAUGACGGACUCAUUAACCUUUACACCUAUCUUAACAUGGCCCGCGGAAAGAACGAAGGAGUUCAUAGUGGACAGCAACAAACUAUUCCUGAAGCUGGGUAAAUGGAAAUUUAAAGUGGUGACAAUCGUUAGCGACGAGGAAUUCAAACAGCUGGGACUCAGUGCGCCUGGAUGGGAGCCGGAGAAGCAGGAGCCUGAAUCGACUUUUCCGGAUUCUACUAAGAGUCAGUGA